AUGUUUGUCUGCAUGUCAUUCAGCAUUGCAUGGUGUUCUUCCUAUUCUUUCUUUCUUUCUUUCUUUCUUUCUUUCUUUCUUUCUUUCUUUCUUUCUUUCUUUCAGCAUUUACAUGAUGUUCUCUCUUUCUUUCUUUUAAUUGGUUUCAAUUUUCAUUCCUUUUUUUGCCUCGCACUUUCCACCUUCCUGUCUUCUUACUUUCAAAUUUUCUUUUUUUUUUCUUUUUCAGCCUUCCUUUCAUUUUAUUCUCAUUUAUUUCUCCAUUUUCUUCCUUGUCGACCUUUCAAAAUUAAUUUCAAAUUUUUAGCCUUUCUUUCAGUUUUUCUUUCUUUUAUCUUUCAUCUUUUCUUUCUUAUUUUUCAGAAUUUCUUUCAUUUUUGUUCGAGUAUUUUUUUUUUUUCUUUCAACCUAAUUUUUUCUUCCUUCAUCAUUUCUUUCAUAUUUCUUAUAUUUUCCUUUUCUUUUUCCUUUUGCUUUCACUUAUUUCUUCCAUUUGUUCAUUUUACUUCCACUUGUAAUUUCUUUUUCUUUUCUUUCAAUUACCUUUCCUUUCGCAAUUUUGUCUCUUUUGUUUCUUCAUUAUUUCGUAAAUUGAUUUUCUCUCAAAAUAUGCCUCUUUCUUUCUUUCUUUCUUUCUUUCUCUUUCUUUCGUUCUUUCUUUCUUUCUUUCCUUCUCUUUCUUUCGUUCUUUCUUUCUUUCUUAGUCAAUUAAUUUUCUCUCAAAAUAUGCCUCUUUCUUUCUUUCUUUCUUUCUUUCUUUCUCUUUCUUUCUCAAUUAAUUUUCUCUCAAAAUAUGCCUCUUUCUUUCUUUCUUUCUUUCUCUUUCUUUCUUUCGUUCUUUCUUUCUUUCUUUCGUUCUUUCUUUCUUUCUUUCUUUCCUUCUCUUUCUUUCUUUCGUUCUUUCUUUCUUUCCUUCUCUUUCUUAGUCAAUUAAUUUUCUCUCAAAAUAUGCCUCUUUCUUUCUUUCUUUCUUUCUUUCUUUCUUUCUCUUUCUUUCGUUCUUUCUUUCGUUCUUUCUUUCUUUCUUUCUUUCUUUCUUUCUUAUCAAUUAAUUUUCUCUCAAAAUAUGCCUCUUUCUUUUCUUUUCUUUCUUUCUUUCUUUCUUUCUUUUUCCUUUUCCUUCAUUCAUUCUUUUUUCUCGUGACGGUUUAUCUUUCCCUGAGAUUCUUUUCUUUCUUUCUUUCUUUCUUUCUUUCUUUCUUUCUUUCUUUCUUUCUUUCUUUCUUUUUCUUUCUUUCUUUCUUUCUUCAUUACUUAGUCAAUUAA